AUUUUGAAACCCGUUUCAGCCAACCGUGAGCUGGGUGGUGCCGGUUGCGGAUAAGAUGCGAUUUGACGAGAUAUUCCUGAAGACCGACCUGGACCUGGAUGGCUAUGUGAGCGGCCAGGAGGUGAAGGAGAUCUUCAUGCACUCGGGCCUCACCCAGAACCUUCUAGCACACAUAUGGGCCCUGGCUGAUACGAGGCAAACAGGGAAGUUAAGUAAAGACCAGUUUGCAUUAGCUAUGUACUUCAUUCAGCAGAAGGUCAGUAAAGGCAUCGACCCCCCUCAAGUCCUGUCACCGGACAUGGUCCCGCCCUCAGAGAGAGGCACUCCUAUCCCGGACGGUUCAAGUUCUCUCGGAUCAGGGGAAUUUACUGGUGUGAAAGAACUUGAUGAUAUCAGUCAAGAGAUCGCCCAGUUACAAAGAGAGAAGUACUCCCUGGAGCAAGACAUUAGAGAAAAGGAAGAGGCAAUCAGACAGAAAAGCAACGAAGUACAGGAAUUACAAAAUGAUUUAGACCGGGAAACAAGCAGUUUGCAAGAGCUAGAAGCUCAGAAACAGGACGCCCAAGACCGCCUUGACGAAAUGGAUCAGCAGAAGGCCAAGCUCCGAGACAUGCUGAGCGACGUGAGGCAGAAGUGCCAGGACGAGACUCAGAUGAUUUCCUCAUUGAAGACCCAAAUCCAGUCUCAGGAAUCUGAUCUCAAGUCCCAGGAAGAUGACCUGAACCGGGCCAAGUCGGAGCUGAACCGAUUGCAGCAGGAAGAAACCCAGCUGGAGCAGAGCAUUCAGGCUGGGAAAGUUCAACUGGAAACCAUCAUCAAGUCCCUGAAAUCGACGCAAGACGAAAUCAACCAGGCACGAAGCAAGCUUUCCGAGCUGCACGAGAGCCACCAGGAAGCCCACAGGACCCUGGAGCAGUACGACGAGGCACUCGACGGGGCCCACGGCGCCAGCCUGACCAACUUAGCCGACCUGAGCGAGGGGGUCUCCCUGACAGAGAGGGGCGGUUUUGGAGCCAUGGUAAAGGAUGAUCCUUUCAAAAAUAAAGCCUUGUUAUUUAGCAACAAUGCCCAAGAAUUGCAUCCGGAUCCUUUCCAGGCUGAAGACCCCUUCAAAUCCGACCCAUUUAAAGGAGCUGAUCCCUUCAAAGGUGACCCAUUCCAGAAUGACCCCUUCGCAGAACAACAGACAGCUUCAGCAGAUCCAUUCGGAGGGGAUCCUUUCAAAGAAAGUGACCCAUUCCGUGGCUCUGCGCCUGACGACUUCUUUAAGAAACAGACAAAGAAUGACCCGUUUACCUCAGACCCAUUCACGAAAAACCCUUCCUUACCCUCAAAGCUCGACCCCUUUGAAUCCAGUGAUCCUUUUUCAUCCUCCAGUGUCUCCUCAAAAGGAUCAGGUCCCUUUGGAACCUUAGACCCCUUUGGAAGCGGGUCCUUCAGUAGUGCUGAGGGCUUUGCCGACUUCAGCCAGAUGUCCAAGCCCCCAACUUCUGGUCCUUUCACCUCCUCCUUUGGAGGGGCAGGAUUCUCAGAUGACCCCUUUAAAAGUAAACAGGACACUCCCGCUCUGCCUCCGAAGAAACCUGCUCCUCCACGGCCUAAACCGCCCAGCGAAGCAAUGGCUGAUCAGAAAAACUCUGCGCUGUACACACUGCUGGGUGCAGGGCGGCCGGAUGUGCCCGUUUCUGUCCUUCCUGGUAGACUCUAUUGUUUCUGUGGCCCGGAGGCCGUGGUGUUCAUGGAUUUUUGGAAGCUGAGAUGUCAAACGCUUCCGAAGUAUGCACACGAGAUCGCAAAAGUCCCAUUAGGGUUUCACUGUCCCCAAAAGGGUCUUUGUGCAAGAGUUGUGACGGUCCCACCCCAGGGCAUUUUGAGCAGCAAGUAAGGAUUGAAGAACCCAGGCAGGGCACGCAGAGGAAGAGCAGUUUGGUCUUUUAGAACUUACUUCAGUUCCCAGCUACGACGGGAAGAAAUCCAGCCUAGAACAACUGCUCUGAAGGCCUUUCCCCUUGCCAAACCAAAACCAAAACCAAACCCAAACCCAAACCCUCGCGGAGCCAUUUAGCAAAGUGGUGAAGUGCCUUUUCAGAAGCUAAUCCUGGGAUCUGGAAAGCCUGGCCGUUGUUUCUCGGUGUGCAAAAAAGAUUCCGGAUUGCCAAGUGCUGUCACGUGGGGGUAUUUCCAGCACCUUCCUCGGUACCAAGAACCUUGUUCUCAGAGAGCUUCAGUUGUUGUCUUCCCAGAAUUGGUUUCACCGUCUGUGGCGCACUGUUUUUACAUUCGAAUUUGCAGGGUACUUUGUUUCCUGGUUCGGUGCGAGAUGCAUUGUUUAAUAGACGCCCUGACUCCUAGAAUAUCGGUCUUAAAACCAGCUCUGCCCUGUCGGUGCCCGGUGAGCGCCCAAUUUGCUUCAGAUCCACCUCGUGCACGGCUGUCCUGCAGCUUCCCUGCCGUCACCCAAGACGCCAGCGCGGUCCCGGCUCUGGGCGACCUGUAAAUGUUUUACAACUACAGUUAGCUCGAUUUUGUUGAUAGCCGGUGCACGCCGUGGAUGUAUCCAAACGGCGACGGUAUUAAUAAAAGCCAAAAACAAAACCCGCUUUAUCUACCAUUUCUUGAAUAGUACUGCGUUUGUGUUUUGGUGGAAAAAAAAAUAUCCAGUGUCGAGAAAAAGAGAGCUAUUCAUGCAGGAAUCAGGUACUCUGUUUUGGGUAGGGAAGAGGGGUAAGUAGAUGUGAUUGGGAAUUUGGAGAAAUGACUGUUCUCUUUCUGAAAUGCAUGAUUCUGUUUCUGUGCCCCACCCCGCACCCAGUGGCUGGUUGGGGGAGAAUAUUAAAAAAAACAACAAAAAACGCUGAGGUGUUAAGCUAUCGUUUGGCCCAAUAUUUCUGGUCAUUCCAGAAACACCCCCAGUAUUGAAUCAUCCUUGUUUCCCCGUGGGGGAUCAAGUUCUGCCCCAUUUGUUCUUUGUUUAAAAUCACUUUUCCCGCUUCAGAUGCCCCAGUUUUUCCAGAGGAAACAUCCGACAGCGGGCUUUGGCCUCUCUGAGCGCGUGGAGUACGGGAGAGGCACGACACCUGACUGGCGUGGUUUGUCCCCUUUGGUCAUACCAUAGUCCCCAAAUGGCCAGCCUGUCCCACCUCAGGGCACUUAGGAUGCCUUUGCAUUUUUGUGACAUCCGGGGACCCAGUCCGUUGGCCAGGGGUUUCUGGUUCGCGGGACCUCGGAGGUUUGUGCUAACUCAGGACAGGCGGGAGUUGGGCCCUCCGGGCCGUGUAUUUCCGUUUCCCCGAGGUACAUGCUGGGAGGUCUCUUACUGCCCAGCGGACUGACGGCGUGGCUCCUUCAGCGCGGACGGUUCUCGAGUGCCACCAGGACAUGCUGUCAGCCGCGCUGGACUUCAGGGAGGCUGAUGGCACACGCGUGGGCAGGCGCCCCGGCUCUGCCCCUCUGGAAGCCUCUCACUGACGAGCCCCGAGUUUCCAUCAAUGGGUUACUUGUGCUUGUAGCCGUUCACAGGAAACGUCUCCGAGAUUUGUUUAAAAACAAGACUUUCUGUCUCAGGCAAAUGUGUUUAUUAGGAAGUAGCCUUUAUAGGGUAGCAAAACGGCUCUUUUUUCUGCAAGUCUGCACUAAGAGCAGAGCGACUCAGAUGGGAUGUGCCGCGCCGGGGGUCGUCGGACCAGUUGGAUGUGAC